AUGCCUGCCAAGGUCGAAAAUCUCUCCGGUCUUUUAAAGAAUGAUAUAUCAUUAGAGAAGAUCAGAGAAAUCAAGGAUCAAUUGAUCAAGCAACACUCCACAGUUGAUUAUCAAUUAAGUAAAGUCUCGGAAAAGUACUUCGAGGAUCUUCAAGACAGUUUAAAAUUACUGAAUCUUUCGCAAAAGUCAGUGACCUCUAUUAGAGAUGAGAUAUCUGAUAUUAAUAAGUUAAGUAAGGAAAACAGAACAUCUAUAGAGAGGUACAACGUUAUAUUUGAUGCCACUAAGAUAUACGAAAUGAUUAAUAAUACUUCUACCAUAUAUGAGAAGAUUGUUCAAUUUAGUCAAUUAGUAGAAAAAAUUAAUGGUAUGUUAGCUGAUGCGUUGGCACAGGAUGCCCUAGAUACAGGAUGCCCCGAUUUACUUCAUAUCCACUAUCUACUCACCAUGACUAGGGAUUUCCAAGAUCAGGUUGCAGUAAUGGCCCAAAUGUCAACGGACGAUGUACAAAGAACAGUCCACAAGUUAUUUGGCAACCUCUCACAACUUAUCGAAAAGUUUGACCAACUAUUGGAAUCUCUUAUUUAUGAUAUCGUAGAAAUAGUACGUUCGGAACAAAAAUCACUGGCAAUUAGACUUUUCAAGAUAUUAGAUUUGGAAGAGAGGGAAGAUCUAAAAAUAUUUGCUGUAAGAAAUAUAAUUAAAAAGAAAGAAAUUGAAUUAGAGAAAUCGUCGAUCAAAAAAUUACCUAACAAUAAGAAUGCAGCACGUCUGGCAGGUAGAGCCAGCCAAGGUACAAUCGAAUACCCAACUAACGAAGGUUUGUACGCAGAACUUUUGAAUGGUACCAUCUCUACAAGAACGACUGUAAGGGGGUACAAGAAUUUCUUCUUAAAUAAGCUCAGACAAUCAAUAGAAGACAUGUUUGUCGAGGUUAGGAAAACUUAUCAAGGAGAAAAAACUUUUGAAGUUUUAGAAAAUAUGGAUUGGAUAUUUAAUGAGCUAAUGGUAGUAAAAGAACAUCUUUCCAAAUAUUGCCCCGAAAACUGGAAAAUAUUUAACACGUUCUACGAAUUAUAUUAUGAAGAAUUGCAUUUACUUAUUAAUGAGCUGGUGGAAUCAGAACCAGAAACUAUCGUUAUAUUGGAUAUUCUAGAUUUCGACAAGACUUUCCAGGACACAAUGGUUAGUGAUUUUGGUCUAGUAAAGAAAGAUUUAAAAAGUAUCAUUGGACCUGAACAGAAAGAGACAUUAUUUAAGGACUAUUUGAAUUUGAUAAUCGAGAAAAUGACUGAAUGGAUUAAGAAUCUAGAAAAAGCAGAAUUUGAUGUUUUCCUAGAGAGGUCUACCCCACCUCAUACUGAUGUCGACGGAUUAUUAUUCCUUGAUGGUACUAAGACAUGUUUCCAAAUGUUUAACCAGCAAGUAGAAGUUGCAGCUGGGUCCAAUCAAGCAAAAAUUUUAGUGGGUGUGAUAGAACAGUUUUGUGAUUUACUAAUUAGGAGACAAAAGGAUUGGGAUAACACAAUAUCAGGCGAAGUAAGCAAACUAUUAAGAUAUAAUAUGCUAUAUGACGAAGAUCCCCAAAAUAUUUCAGCAGAUGCCGAGUGUCCAGGUGGUCUAUUGGAAUAUCUAAUUGCUGCAGCUAAUGACCAAAUGAGAGCAGCUGACUAUACAAUGGCUAUAUCGAACAAAUAUGGUGCAUUAGUAAGUAAAGCAUAUACUAAAGAGAUUUCGAAACAUAUGGAAUCUGCGUUAGAUGGUUUUGCAGAUGUAGUAAAGAGCAGUUUGCAAGGGUUACUUUCGAUUAUGUUCGAUGAUAUGAAGGAACCAUAUUCGGAAAUAUUUAGCAAAACAUGGUACAGUGGAACUCAAGCGAAAUUGAUAUGUGAUACAUUAUCUGAGUAUCUAACUGAUAUAAGACCACAAAUGAGUGCAGUAGUAUUUAACAUUUUUAUUGGUAAUGUUAUUGAUGAAGCCUUCUUAAGAUUUGUAGAUGCAAUGAAUGAAGGCCAUUCAUUUAAGACUAAGAAGAAUAAAUUUUUGGAUGCAAUGAAAAGAGAUUUUGAGAUAUUCUUCAGUUUAUUCAACAAAUUUGUGAGUCCUGAUCAAAAGGAGGAAAUAAUACACCGUAGAUUUAGAAUCAUGGAAUAUUUCAUGGACUUUAGUUGUGAGUCUGCUGAUGAAAUAAUUGAAACUUGGAAAGAGUUUAUGAUCGAGUAUCCAGAAGGGACAAUUGACUUUUUAACCGCUAUUUUAUACAGUAGGAAGGAUAUAGAAAGUUCAUCUAGAAAGAGUUUGAUUCAAUCGGCUCUUGUUUUUGUAAAUGAUCCUGAUAGAGCUAUACGUUUGAGUGAAUUGACUACAGAUUUGUCAUUCAUUUCAAGAUUUAAAUAUGAAGCUAAGUGA